UAGUUUAAUGUUAUGGUGUCUCUGUGCGCCGAGCUUUACGCUACGACUGCCCGAGGAUCUCGAGUCGAGUGCCGUCAAUGCGCUUCGCUCGGAGCGCGCUCGCUCUGUGACGCAGUGUAGUCCAACGGGUGUUGCGGCCGCCGAGGAGUACGAUGUGUGCCCGCCGAGCAAGUACCGCCAGCCGACAGCGGAGUGCAACAAUGUGUCGCAUCGCAAGUGGGGCGCUCGGGGCGAUAUUUUCCUGCGUCUGCUGCAAGCCGACUAUGCGGAUGAAGUGAGUCAGCCACGCAGCUCGCACGGCACUCACGCCCUGCCGGAUGCGGAACUGGUGAUUGAGCAGCUGCAGCGUCAUGUCGAGGGCGAGCUGCGUCAUCCGCACAUCACUGCCAUGCUGCCCGCCUGGGGCCAAUUGUUGGCCAACGAUCUGUACGAGGUCGGACAACUGCCUAUUAACGGCCGGUGCUGCAAUCAGGCUGCCGGCGCUAAGGAUCCCAGCGAGCUCCAGCAGUGCUUUGUCCGUCCCGGUCCCGACUGCAAGGAAUACAAGCGCUCGGCUCCAGGCUUCGAUGCCGAGGCAUGCAAAAAACAUACUCGCCAGCAGAUGAACAUUGCCUCGGCCUAUAUCGAUGGCUCCGGUCUGUACGGCUCCACUCAGCACGAGUUCGACCAACUGCGCACCUACAUCAGUGGCGGUGUGAAGGUGGAGAGCUGCCGUCAUUGCCAACUUUCAGGGGCCACGGGUGCUCUUCAUCGGGCAUUGCUGCAGCAGCACAACAAUAUUGGCGAGCAGUUGGCUCACUUUAAUCCCGAGUGGUCGGAGCAGGAUGUCUUCUUGGAGGCUAGACGCAUUAUAACUGCCACCAUACAGCACAUCACCUACAACGAGUUCUUGCCAUUGGUGUUGGGUCAGGAGACCACAGCCAAGGAGGGCCUACGACUGACACCCGAGAAGCAUUCGUCCAACUACUCGAGCUCAGUGCGUGCUGGCAUUUACAACGAGUUCGCCACCAGCGCCAUGCCUGCCUUCUGGAGCAUGUACCCACCCGAGAUGCUGUCACAGAAGAGCUCUGCCCACGAGCUGUUGUCGAUUGCCGCUCUGCAGAAGUCGUUGGUGCCCAGCCAAGUGAAUGCCGAUGGUUGGUCUGAGUUGGCGUUGGCCGUUCAUCGUGGCCGCGAUCAUGGCAUCGCCUCCUAUGUGCACGCAUUGGACCUUUGCGAGCGUCGCUAUGGCCAGGGCGCAGCAGCCACAAAUGUGAGCUUCGACAACUUAUCCACCUUGAGCAAUAUACCCGAGGAGCAUAUUACCAACUUGCGCGAUAUCUAUCAAAACGCCGAGGAUAUUGAUUUGCUUGUGGGUGCGCUGCUCGAAGAUCCCGCUGUCGGUGCUUUGUUCGGACCCACCAUUACCUGCCUGAUGACACUGCAAUUUGAGCAGAUCAAGAAAACCGAUCGUUUUUGGUAUGAGAACGAAAUUCCACCCUCUUCCUUUACGCUGGAACAGCUGAAGAGCAUUCGUCAGACCACGCUAUCCGGCUUGCUUUGUGGCUCCCAUCAAGUAACAACGGCCCAAUCAAAGGCCUUUAUACGCGAGGAUAACUAUCUGAACUCCGUUUUGGACUGCACCCAGCUGCCCAAGUUCGAUAUACGCCCCUGGAAAGUGAGUGUGGAGGAUGAUACUCUGGUGGAGCAUGUAGAUGUUGAGCCCGAGACCAAGGAUGCCUUUAGUGAAUUGAAUCCUGCGCUGAUUGAGGCGGCUGUGGAGCGUGCCAAGCAGGAGUUGGAGGAGCGCAAGCGCUUCGAGUACGAGGUGUGGCGUCAACAGGGCGGCGUCAGCGCUAAAUCACCUGAUGGCACCGCAGCUUCUUUCAGCAAGGCUAAUCGCGCUGCUCUAGACAUUGCCAAUUCUUCGUUAAUUUUCGAGCUAACCUCCAAUGAGAUUCUCAAGUCACUGAACAGCAUUUCGCGUCGGAAGCGCCAAAUUUUCAAUCCAAAUCAGAAAGCCUUUAAUCGCAACGAACUGACGGACACGUUGCAGACUGUGGACAUAAGUUCGUUGAUAGGUCAGCAGCAUCAGAACGAGGGCGAAUGUCCGGAACCAUCGCAGCAAUGCGAUGCCAGCAGCCCCUUCCGCACCAUGUCGGGACGUUGCAACAACCUGCGCAAUCCCAACUGGGGCAAGUCGCUGACCACCUUCUCGCGUCUGCUGCCUGCCCAGUAUGAGGAUGGCAUUUCGGCACCCCGUGUUACUGGCAUUACCGGAGGCCCAUUGCCCAACCCUCGCACCAUUUCCACCACCAUACAUCCGGACAUAUCGAACUUGCACACACGCUACUCUCUGAUGGUCAUGCAGUUUGCGCAGUUUGUCGAUCACGAUCUGACCAUGACGCCCAUACAUAAGGGCUUCCAUGAGUCCAUUCCUAGCUGCCGACGUUGCAACUCCCGUCAGACAGUGCACCCCGAGUGCAACCCCUUCCCCGUGCCACCUGGCGACUUCUAUUAUCCUGAGGUGAAUGUGACCAGUGGUGAACGUUUUUGCUUCCCCUCGAUGAGAUCGCUGCCCGGCCAGCAGACGUUGGGUCCACGUGACCAAAUAAAUCAAAACACCCACUUCCUGGACGGAUCCAUGAUCUACGGUGAGAAUAUUUGCGUGGCUACACGUUUGCGUGGCUUCUCUGGCCGCAUGAACAGCACCGUCCACCCAGUGCGCGGUAAGGAGCUGUUGCCUCAGACCAACGUCCAUCCCGAGUGCAAAUCGCCCAGUGGUCUGUGCUUCAGCGGUGGCGACGAUCGCGCCUCCGAGCAACCUGGUCUGACUGCCAUCCACACCAUCUUCAUUCGAGAGCACAAUCGCCUUGUCGAGGGUCUGCGCGGCGUCAAUCCGCACUGGAACGGCGAACAGUUGUUCCAUCAUGCCCGUCGUAUUGUCAGCGCUCAGGUCCAACACAUUGCCUUCAACGAGUUCCUGCCCCGCAUUCUCAGCUGGAACGCCGUCAAUUUGUAUGGCCUGAAGCUGUUGCCUCAGGGCUACUACAAGGACUAUAAUCCCUCGUGCAGUCCCAUUAUUUUCAAUGAAUUUGCUGCUGCCGCCUUCCGCAUAGGUCACUCCCUGCUUCGUCCCCACAUUCCUCGUCUCAGUGUCCAGCAUCAGCCUGUGGAUCCACCCCUGCUGCUCCGUGAUGGCUUCUUCCGCAUGGACGCUUUGCUACAGCCGGGCAUCAUUGAUGAGAUCAUGCGCGGUUUGGUUGCCACGCCCAUGGAGACGUUGGAUCAGUUCAUUACCGGCGAGGUCACCAAUCACUUGUUUGAGGAUCGCAAGAUUCCCUUCUCCGGUAUUGAUUUGAUCGCUCUCAACAUUCAGCGUGCACGCGAUCACGGCAUACCAUCCUAUAACAACUACCGUGCUUUGUGUAAUCUGAAGCGCGCCAGCAACUGGAACGAUCUGAGUCGCGAAAUACCUACCGAGGUGAUCAGCCGCUUCCAGAAGGUCUAUGCCUCCGUCGAUGAUAUCGAUCUGUUCCCUGGUGCCAUGACAGAGCGUCCGCUGCAGGGCGGUCUGGUGGGUCCCACACUAGCAUGCAUUAUCGGCAUCCAGUUUAGACAGCUGCGCAAGUGCGAUCGCUACUGGUAUGAGAAUCAGAACCCCGAAGUCAAGUUCACCGAAGCUCAGCUGGCUGAGAUACGUAAGGUAACGCUGGCCAAGAUCAGUUGCGAGAAUCUGGAGAUACCCGGCGAUAUGCAACGUGCUGCCUUCGAUUUGCCCAGCAAUUUCCUUAAUCCUCGCGUACCCUGUCAGUCCAUGCCACAGAUUGAUUUGAAUGCCUGGCGCGAGAAUGUGCAGGGUUGCCAGAUUGGCUCGCGAAAUGUGCGUGUUGGCGAGUCCGCCUUCCCCUCGCCGUGCACCAGUUGUGUUUGCUCCACCGAUGGCGCCCAAUGUGCCUCACUGCGCAUCACCGACUGCGGCCAGCUGAUACGUCAGUGGCCCAAGGAGGCUAUUCUGCGUGACGAGGUCUGCAACUCGCAGUGCGGCAUCUAUUUGACCGGCCAACAGGCCUCCGGCUUCAGUCCCCAGCAGCGUCAGGGUCUUGCCCAGCCGCGCGUUACACGUUCGCGCAAUCAGAAUCUCUUCAAGUUUCCCGAUCUGACGCCCUUCAUAGCGUCCUUGUAGAAUCAUCGUCUACGCGUCGCUGAGAGCAGGCUUUCGCAACGUAUUUGCGUAUUUUGUAAAUAAUUUAUGCACGUUUAACGGCAAUGUGUCACAAAACAACCAACAGCCAACAGCAUUGUCGCCCUAAGUUUAAUUUUUGUUCGCUUAUGUAUAUCUAAAGACUUGUUUCAAUGCAUCUGACUACUCGUAUAACCUACUAGAGACAAGAACCGUUUAUUGAAUAUCGAAAUACAUAUUCGAAAUCUCCAGCUGCCAAUUAAAAGUUCCGAAUGUCACAAAUCUGGGAAAAUGAAUUGCGCCGCUAUUCAAAACUUAGCAAAAUUGUUUGUUUAGGUUCGCGACAAUAACAAAUAUUUACUAGACUAAGCGACUUCCGAUUAGUUAGCAUUUGAAUGUACUCGUACGUAAU